GAGGAGGCCUAAUCCAAUUAGGAUACUAGCAUGCAUGUUGGCGCUUUUAAGCUUGCAGCUAGGUCAGGAUAUUUUUGUUUGAGAGCUUCGCAGAGGGGAGAGAGUGAAAGAGGUCCUGCACCAUGUCCAUCGUUAAGAUCCACGCCAGAGAGAUCUUCGACUCUCGUGGAAACCCCACGGUAGAGGUUGACCUUUACACUGACAAGGGCUUGUUUAGGGCCGCUGUACCAAGCGGGGCAUCUACAGGAAUCUAUGAAGCCUUGGAGCUCAGGGACAACGACAAGUCUCGCUACCUUGGGAAAGGAGUCUCACAGGCUGUAGAGCACAUUAAUUCAACCAUUGCUCCUGCACUUGUUGGCCAAGAUGUGUCUGUGGUUGAGCAAGAGAGAAUUGACCAGAUGAUGAUUGACCUGGAUGGCACAGAGAACAAAUCCAAGUUUGGAGCAAACGCCAUCCUAGGUGUGUCUCUGGCUGUUUGCAAAGCUGGUGCAGCAGAGAAAGAAGUCCCCUUGUAUCGCCAUAUUGCUGACCUCGCAGAAAACCCAGAGGUCAUCUUGCCUGUGCCGGCCUUCAAUGUGAUCAACGGCGGCUCUCAUGCAGGCAACAAGCUUGCCAUGCAGGAGUUCAUGAUCCUGCCCAUCGGGGCUAGCACCUUCAAAGAAGCCAUGCGCAUUGGAGCCGAGGUUUACCACAAUCUCAAGAGUGUCAUCAAGAAGAAAUAUGGCCAGGAUGCCACUAAUGUGGGUGACGAAGGUGGCUUUGCUCCAAAUAUUCUGGAAAAUCAGGAAGCUCUGGAGUUGCUGAAGGAGGCCAUUGCUAAAGCAGGGUACACAGAUGAGGUUGUGAUUGGCAUGGAUGUAGCAGCAUCUGAAUUCUACAGGGAUGGAAAAUAUGACCUGGAUUUCAAGUCACCUGAUGACCCGAGUCGUUACAUCACACCCGACGAGUUGGCUGAUCUCUACAUGAGCUUCGUGAAGGAUUAUCCAGUGGUGUCCAUUGAGGAUCCAUUUGACCAGGAUGACUGGGCAGCCUGGACCAACUUCACUGGCAGCACAGACAUCCAGGUUGUUGGCGAUGAUCUGACUGUGACUAACCCUAAUCGCAUCAGCAAGGCUGUGGAGGAGAAGGCCUGCAACUGUCUGCUGCUUAAAGUCAAUCAGAUUGGCACAGUUACAGAAUCCAUGAGGGCGUGUAAGAUGGCCCAGCAGAACGGCUGGGGUGUGAUGGUGAGCCAUCGCUCUGGUGAAACUGAAGACGCCUUCAUUGCAGAUUUGGUGGUCGGCUUAUGCACCGGACAGAUCAAGACCGGAGCUCCUUGCCGCUCUGAGCGUUUGGCCAAAUACAACCAGAUUCUCAGAAUUGAAGAGGAUUUGGGAGACAAGGCUCGCUUUGCUGGAAAAAACUUCAGAAAACCAGUGAUGGAGUGAAGACUUUACAAAUAUGUGCAUGCACACAAAUGCACAGUAACUUGUUUGCUAAUAAAUGAAAAUACAUUUCGGCAAUAAGGAUAAAUGUAGAACUACUCGCAUAAAACCUGCUGUAAUACUGAAUAGAGAACUACCUGAAACUACUUGAACUCUGACUCUACAAUAAAGUUUUCUUCCAUCUUAA